AUGUUGUUCUUUCUCUUCUUAUGUGUUUCAUUCUUUAAUGGGGCAUAUCCAUCAUAUCAUGAACGACGUCUGUAUGAGGAUUUGAUGAGAGACUACAAUAAUCUUGAACGCCCUGUGUCCAACCAUUCCCAGCCUGUUGUUGUCUAUUUAAAAGUUUCGUUGCAACAAAUUAUUGAUGUCGAUGAGAAGAAUCAGGUUGUUUACAUAAAUGCCUGGCUUGAUUAUACGUGGAACGACUAUAAGCUUGUCUGGGACACCGCUGAAUAUGGUAACAUCACUGAUGUCCGUUUUCCAGCAGGCAAAACCUGGAAGCCAGACGUUUUGUUAUAUAACAGUGUUGACACUAACUUUGAUUCAACUUAUCCUACCAACAUGGUCGUUUAUAACACCGGCGACGUUCAUUGGAUUCCACCAGGAAUUUUCAAAAUUUCUUGUAAAAUAGAUAUUCAAUGGUUUCCUUUUGAUGAGCAAAAGUGUUUUUUCAAGUUUGGUUCAUGGACAUACGAUGGUAACAAAUUGGAUUUGAGACCGGCGAAAGGUGGUUUCGAUAUAUCGGAAUAUCUUCCGAAUGGUGAAUGGGCUCUGCCAAUGACAAGUGUUUCUCGCAGUGUUAAAUUCUAUGAUUGCUGUCCAGAGCCGUAUCCCGACCUGACUUUCUACUUACACAUGAGAAGACGAACUCUCUAUUAUGGUUUCAAUUUGAUUAUGCCAUGUAUUCUCACAACUCUCAUGACAUUACUAGGAUUUACACUUCCACCAGAUGCAGGAGAGAAAAUAACAUUACAAAUAACUGUUUUGCUUUCAAUUUGUUUCUUCCUUUCUAUAGUCUCUGAUAUGUCUCCUCCAACAUCUGAAGCUGUUCCUCUACUGGGUAUUUUCUUCACUUGCUGUAUGAUUGUGGUAACAGCUUCCACAGUUUUCACAGUAUAUGUAUUAAACUUACAUUACCGCACUCCAGAAACCCAUGAAAUGAGUGCAAUGACUCGCUCACUAUUGCUUUUCUGGUUUCCUUGGAUGCUUCGUAUGGAGCGCCCAGGAGUUACUCUGUGUUAUGCUAAUUUACCUUCAAUUUUCUGCUCAAAACCGAAAAGACAUUCUGAAUCUCUAAUUAGAAAUAUCAAAGAAAACGAAUCCAGUUCGAGCAGAUCAAAUUCCUUAGAUGUAGAGAGAAGGCUUCAUCAUUACAUGACUGCCACGGGCUUAACAAACGGAUUUACUUCUUCUACACUUGGUUCUCCAAACACUCAAGUACCGGCCAAUAUAGAUUUAGGACAACAAGCCACUCUAUUGAUACUUCAAAGGAUUUAUCAUGAACUAAAGAUUGUAACAAAAAGAAUGGUGGAAACGGACAGAGAAGAACAAGCUUCUAAUAAUUGGAAGUUUGCAGCUAUGGUUGUAGACCGAUUGUGUUUGUACAUAUUUACCAUUUUCAUCAUCGUCUCAACAUUGGUCAUCUUCUCAUCAGCACCAUAUCUUGUCGCUUAG